AUGGAAAACGAUUCUGAGUUCUUGUUUAAUAAGAAAGUCAUGAGGAAGAUGAAAUACAUGGUUUCUGUUUCAAUAAUAAUUGUCAAGAAAAUACAUAAUUUUCUUUAAAAUGAAAUUGGGAUAAGCACAGCAGUCAUGAAGUCAAUUAAAUUAAAAAUUAUUGAUCCAACCAGGAUCAACAAAAACCACCCUUUUUGA